AUGGAGAUGGAGCAAGAGAUGGAGCAGGAGCAGUUUCAAGAGGCAGAACAAGAGCAAGGGCCGAUGGUUUCUCUGAGCAAAGCAUCAGGAUAUAGUAAGAAAAAAGGAAAAGUAAUUCUUGAUGAAGAUAAGUUUAGACACUUGUCUGUGCUUGAGAGAUCAUCAAUAAGAAAACUUGCUAUUAAGAUGGAAGUUAGCAAGUCCACAGUUGGUAGAUGGGUGAAGGAUAACCAGAUAAGACCACAUACAAAUGUCAUAAAGCCAGCACUCACUGAAGCAAACAAAAUUGCUAGAAUGAGAUGGUAUCUUACUCAUAUUCACCUAACUAUAGCUGAAGGUAAGCUUCUUUAUCAUGCAAUGCACAACACAGUUCAUAUCGAUGAGAAAUGGUUCUACAUAACAAAGGCUUCAGACAGAUACUACAUGUUGCCGGAUGAGGAUGAGUCUUACAGGUUACAAUUUGGCAGUGAUGGGCAGACCAUCUUUGAUGGUAAAAUAGGUAUAUUUCCAUUCACACAACAAGUUCCAGCCAAAAGGAAGUCAAAGAAUAGGUCAAGAGGGACACUUGAGACAAAGCCUAUCCCAUCAGUUAACAAGGAAGCCAUGAGAGAAUGUCUCUUGAAUCAGAUUAUUCCAACAAUCAAGGCUAAGUGGCCAGCCAAUGCAAGCAAGGAGAUAUAUAUCCAACAAGAUAAUGCCAAACCCCACAUGAAAUCCUCUCACUUACAAUUUGAGGCUCUUACAAGUUCAGAUGGUUUUCAAUUCCAUCUAAUUAGCCAACCAGCCAACUCCCUAGACACUAAUGUAUUGGGCCUUGGCUUUUUUAGGGCCAUACAAUCACUACAAGAUGACAAAUUAGCCACCAAUAUAGAUGAAUUGUUGGGUAAUGUUUGGAAUUCUUUUGAGGAACUCACACCACAAACUUUGAACAAUGUUUUCUUAACAUUGCAAAGUUGUUUCAGCAAGAUCCUAGAAGUCCAUGGGGGAAACAACUACAAAAUCCUCCACUUGAACAAAGAUAGGUUGAGUAGGACAGUGGGACUUCCUACCUCACUUGAAGUUGAAGAGAAUCUGGUAAGGGAAAUCUUGGAGUAUCUACUACUCCCUGAGAAUGAUGUGGGUGCCUCAUAUGACAUAGAGCAUCUAAGCAAUAUUUUAGGUUUCUAG